UUCCAUGGGAGCCAAGCUUUCCAGCUGUUUCAACCAUCGAGGCAGCCUCACGCAGCAGGCGCACCAGCCGGCGCCGGUCAGGGUCAUCGCCGCCGACGGCACGCUGAAGGAGCUCCCGGCCAGCCCCCGCGUCGCCGUCUCCGACCUUCUCGGCGCCGACGCCGCCUUCUUCUUCGUUUGCAACUCCGAUGACCUCUACUUCAACGAGCCCCCACCGGCGCUGUCCCCCGGCGAGCUUCUCCGGUCGGGUGAGAUAUACUUCCUACUCCCGGCGGCACUGCUCGCGCGGCCGCUGUCAAGCGCGGACAUGGCCUCGCUGGCCGUCCGCGCGAGCGCGGCGCUCGCGACCAAGAGCCCGCAACGGGUUGGCGGCAAGAAUAAUAUGGUGCGCGUCAUGCCGGUGCUCGAGGAGCUAGAAGACGGCAAGGACGUCUUGUUCAACGAGAAGCUUAACGAGCGGACGCUCGGAGAGUACGGGCUGUCGACAAGUCCGGCGAAGAAGAGCCAAGAGAAGCUCGCCGCACGGUCGCGGCUGAAGCGGGCUCUGAGCAUCAUUCAGGAGAUGGCUGAGUGAAGCAUCCCUGCGCGCACGACACAUGGACAGUACUGUCGUUGACAUUUUGCUUCUUUUCUAACCAUUUUUUCUGAGGCUUAAUAAGUCUACAUAUUUAAUUGAUUUUAGUAGAUUUAGGAGAGAACAGAAAAGGAAUUCUGGGAAAUUAGGUUGUAAAUACCAGUAUACCACCCAGGGUGUAUGAAACAGUAGGUACAAAAUACUAAAGAACCGGAAUGCAGAAAAGCGUUUCUUGAGUUGUUAA